CCCCGCAGCCCGCCGCCACUGGAGGGGAUGGCGACGGCGAGCGGCGCCUCCACUCCCCUGCAGCUCUCCUCCGCACGGCGGGUGGGCAGCUGCCCUGGCAAUUCGGCGCCGGCAAAGAGGCUGUUCCCGCGGAGAGCAGUCGCUGGUGCCCCGGCAGGUACAAUUUUUGUCAAGAGAGAUUUUGUAUAUAAAGGACAGAGUUGUCAUCAAUUUUUACCAUUGAAACAAAGAGGAAGGUUGCAGGCAGCAGUUCUGCCUGUCAAUUCACCUUUGUUAGAUGAUGAAGAAAUAAGGAAGCAAAUGUCUGAAGAUUAUGGAUUCAAACAAAUUGGAGCACAGUUGCCAGAUAAUGUUACUCUUAAAGAUGUAAUGGAUAGUCUGCCUAAAGAGGUAUUUGAAAUCGAUGAUGUAAAAGCUUGGACCUCUGUUUUAAUAUCAGUCACUUCUUAUGCUCUUGGUAUUUUCUUGAUAUCAAAAGCUCCCUGGUAUCUUCUUGCCUUAGCCUGGGCGUGGACUGGUACAGCAGUAACAGGGUUCUUUGUCAUAGGUCAUGAUUGUGCCCACAAAUCAUUUUCGAGGAAUAAGCUGGUGGAAGAUAUUGUUGGAACUCUAGCCUUCUUGCCAUUGAUAUACCCCUAUGAACCUUGGAGAUUUAAGCAUGACAAACAUCAUGCCAAGACAAACAUGUUGAUAGAAGACACUGCAUGGCAACCUAUUUCUCCAAAGGAGAUAAAAAAAUCCUCCUUUCUGAGGAAGGCGAUAAUAUUUGGUUAUGGCCCUAUCAGGCCUUGGAUGUCUAUUUCUCACUGGUUAAUUUGGCACUUUGAUCUAAAAAAAUUCAGACCAAAUGAACUCCCAAGGGUGAAAAUAAGCUUAGCAUCUGUGUUUGCAUUCAUGGCAAUUGGAUGGCCACUGAUUAUUCUCAAAUCAGGAAUAGUUGGAUGGUUCAAGUUCUGGUUCAUGCCAUGGGUGGUUUAUCACUUUUGGAUGAGCACCUUUACGAUGGUACAUCACACUGCUCCUCAUAUACCAUUCAAGACAUCAAAAGAGUGGAAUGCUGCACAGGCACAAUUAAAUGGCACAGUUCACUGUGACUAUCCUCGGUGGGUAGAGAUACUUUGCCAUGACAUAAAUGUACAUGUUCCGCACCAUAUUUCUCCAAGAAUUCCAAGCUAUAACCUUCGUGCUGCCUAUGAUUCCAUAAAACAGAACUGGGGCGAGUACAUCAAUGAAGCCAGCUGGAAUUGGCGGUUGAUGAAAACAAUAAUGACUAAAUGCCAUGUUUACGACAAGGAUAGAUACUAUGUUCCCUUUGAUGAGUUUGUGCCUGAGGAAUCUCACCCAAUCAAAUUCCUCAAGAAGGUCAUGCCAGAUUAUGCAUGAUGCAAGCGAUAAUGUUGGCUAGUUGCCUAGUUGAAAGUAUUGUUUGCAUAGAGAAACGAUCAAUAUUCCUUAGCGAAGUAACGUUCUAAGUUCUAACUGCAACGGCGCACGCCCGAAAUUUCGAUUGCAAA